UUUGAGAGAGAGCAAGAGAUCUGUUCUUCCGGUUUCUGAUAAUCUGAAUACCAAGAACAUAGGCUGCUUCACCCAAAUCUUUCAUAUCGAAUUGAGUGUUGAGCCAUUCCUUGAUGUGAGUCAUUUUCUUGACAUUGUUUCCAAUGAUCAAAAUGUCAUCAACAUAAAGGACCAGGAAUACUACUACUUGGUCUUCCUUGAGUUGGUAAACACAAGGUUCAUCUUCAUUCUGAAGAAAGCCGUAGGUCUUGAUAAUUUCAUCAAACCUUUUGUUCCAUGAGCGAGAAGCUUGCUUAAGUCCAUAGAUAGACCUAUUUAAUUUGUAAACUUUCUUUUCCUGCCCAGGAAGAACAUAACCUCACUACUACAAUGUUAGCCUUUAGAGGCAGUUUUUUCAACCCCAUUUAUAAAAAGGGAAGCUAAAGGGUGUGAAAAUACCCGCUAUGUUCGAAAUUGACAUUUAGAGGCAGUUUUUUGAUAAAAACCGUAGGUAUAAAAUUGCAUUAUACCAUUUAGAGGCGGAUGGAAAUUAAUUUUUUUUUUUCUGAACUACCCUAUGCCGUCGGUUCCUGCAUAGGAACCGACGGCAUAGGGUACAGGAUAUCCUGACACGUGUACCCUAUGCCGUCGGUCCCUAUGAAGGAACCGACGCCAUAGGGUCGACCUCUGUAUAUACCCUAUGGCUUCGUCUUCCUCCUUCAUUUCACUCAACACCCACCAAAAACCAGAGAGAAAAACACCAGCCCAAACCCUUGCCGACCCACCUUCUCCCCACCCUAGCUCCCCCAUUUCUCAACCAUUUGAGCCCAUUUUUUUUUAAAAAUCCUCCAUUUUCGAUACUUAAUAACAUACACCUAAAAAGUUUUGAUUUUUUACCCUCUUUGAGUGUCAUCCGAACCCAAAUAGUAAAGUUUGGGUGUGAAAUCCGGCCACCCAUUUUUCUUGAGAAAUCUUUGAAUCUCAACCUCGUUUAAGUGCCGGAAUUUUUUACGGUGGUCGUCGGAUUGCGGUUAUUAGGGGUUCGGCAUAAUUUUGUGUGUAGCGUAUUUGGGCUUGCAAUUAUAGACAUGGCGAACUCGGAAUCAGGAUCUGAUUCGGGAGCAGAAAAUGAGUGUCCAACCACAAUACCUACACGAGGGCCGACGCAAAUGAAUGAAAUAUCCAAACUAAUGGAUCGGGGCAAAAGAGUGGCCCUCGAAGUUAAUGAUAAAGGUCAAUACUGUGGAAAAAGCUAUGCGAAGCUCGUAUCCACUCUAGGAGUCAGAUGUCGGCAGACAAUAGGGUUGGCCUAUAAAAACUGGAAAGAAGUCAACCCGACUCUGAAAAAUAAAGUUUGAAAAGACAUUCAGACGGGGUUCAUUGUGCCGGACACCUUCAAACAUGAUUGUCUCAUCCUAGCUGGGAAGUUAAUGAAAGACUUCAAGAAUAGGAUGACAAAAGACAUCAUAAUGCCCGCGUUGAAAGAGAAUGAUCUGGGACGACUGGCACAAGUCCCUGAAAAGCACCCCGAGAUCGACGCUGCUGAUUGGUGCAAAUUUUUUGAAAGUCGACUAACUCCUGAAUUUCUGGAAUUGAGUAAGGUGCAACGUGAACGUUCCUCAAAAAUUCAAUCCAGACAUCGAAGUGGUCGGAGUGGAAUGGUGAACGUACGGGAAGCUGUGAAAAAGGACCUCGAAGUUGCAGAUCCCCCCCGCCACCGUGUUUGGAUUAAAUCUCGCACCUAGAGUAGAAAACUUGUCACUGAUUACGACAAGGAAAUUGCAGAGAAGAUAGCUCAAUUAGAGGAGAAGCUUAGUCAGGGACAAAUUCAAGUCCAGGGCCAAAACGAUAUCCUGACGCAGGCGCUCGGGACACCAGAGCAUCCUGGACGUGUGAGGGCUGCUGGGUUCCUGACCAGGGCAUCUCAACUGUUCGGCAGGAAGAAAAGGGAAGUGUCUGAUGUUGUGGCUCGGGAAGCGAAGGAGAUUGAAAAAUUAAAAGCCGAAGUCCAAUCCCUUAAGCAGCAGAGAAACGCUGCCGAACAAGAGGAAGAAGGAGAGGUGGCUGGUGAGGCGUAUGUUCCACAACCAUACGCUCCUCAGGAUGAGGUACAACCACAAAUUUAUGCUGAGGAGUUUAUUUCCCUCAACGACCAAGGUAUCCUAUACAAUUUUGAUGACCAUGCGGCCCUUAAUCAGCAAGUACAUCUCUGCUCUGACAACAUCGACAAUAUUGUGGCCCGAGCGUAUCUGUACGAGCAUGUGGGUAUGAUCAAAGUUCACUGCCAGGAGUACGAUGAUUCACAUGCCCGGAUUAUGGUUUCGGAAAUCCUGCAAGAGGACGCUGAAAUCCCAGUCCCAAUUGAAGAGUGCAGAUAUGUUAGGGACAUAUACCAGAUGUUCCUUCCUUGGCCUAAACACUUAAUUUUAACAACCGAGGGUCCACUCGCUCAACCGCCCUCAAGACGUGAUGCGUCAAAGGGGAAAGCUCCGAUGCUUUCUCCACAAGGCCGUGGUGCACGGGAAGAUGACUUGUUCACGGAAGAGAAGAUGGCGUUGAUCCCUAAUUCGCUAAAAUGGAUGAUUCAUGAAUUCCUGAGGCUCAAAGAUAAACGUGAUAUAAUCACAAUUCCUAUCCCCCGAGGAUUCAUUGCACCGCGUACCCAGAUCACGUUAUCUGGAGAGGAUUUGCAGCAGGUUGCUACGUGUGACUACAUCGGCAACCAGGGAAUGUUGUUUGGAAUGAUGCACAUAUGGGAGAGCAUCAACGGUCUGAGAAAAUUUUUCAAGUUUUACGACCCAGAGCUUCUCAUAGUGCAUGGGAUCAACGAUGAAGAAAAGAGUCAGUCUUUUGACGAUGCGGCAAGACGAUUGGCUAAUUGGUUAUCAUUAAUGAACAACAACCACCAAAUGUUCUUUAUUCCUUGGAAUAUCGGGAUGCAUUGGACGCUAGUGGUGGUUACGCCAAGGAAAAUUAUCCAUUUAAACCCUAUAAGUGGCCGCCCAAUUCCCGAAGUAAUAGAACAAAUGAUCGGAAGGGCAUUCAUGUAUAUAGGGAACGCACAUGACUAUCUUGGCCCGUUGCAAGGAAUUAACCAAGCAAACUGUCCAAAACAACCUAAAAGCCAAGAAUGCAGUUUUUAUGUUUUGAAAUAUAUCACUGACAUCGUCGCACGUGCCAACCCCAGCCGUUACAUACAAGAUCAAAAAGCUUUUGGGGGUAAGAAGCAAUACGAUCCAAAAACAGAAUUGUUACCACUACAGCGAAAGUGGAUCGAACAAUUGAUGGCGGUGAUUCACGGUGACGAUUGAGGUUCAAAGGUCGAAGAAAUUUUCUUCAUUAUGUAAUUUUUAUAGAUUAACUUGUAGUUAGAUUUAUUAACUUAUUAAUAUUUUUUAACUAAUUUUACAUUAGUGUUUGUGUAAUAUUUAAUUACUUUUAUGAAAUCAAAUUAUGUUUUUACCCAAA